AUGCCAGUGUAUUCUAUAUCCCACGUUGAAAAUGUUCGAGUUUGUGUGGUUAUGGUUGGUUUACCAGCUCGUGGUAAGUCUCUUAUAUCGCAAAAGAUAGUUCGAUACUUGUCGUGGCUAUCGAUAAAAUCCAAAUGCUUCAAUGUUGGGAAUUACAGGCGAGAGGUGGCUAAAGAUGCUGCCAUUGAUGCCGAGUUUUUCGAUCCAAAUAAUGAAAAGGGUUUGGCUUAUAGAAAACAAGCUAUCGAUUUAGCAAUCAAAGACAUGAUGAAUUGGUUUGUUGAAGAGAAUGGAGUUGUGGGGAUCUUGGAUGCUACAAACUCUACAAGGGAAAGGAGAGAUCGCAUUUUAAAGCUAUGCAGAGAAAAUUAUAUUGAACCUAUGUUUUUGGAAAGUUGGUGUGAUGACAAGGAACUCAUUUUGCAGAAUAUUAUGGAUGUCAAGACCACAUCUCCUGACUACGUCUCAAAGCCUAAUGAUUUUGCAAUGACGGAUUUUCUUAAAAGAAUUGAAUACUAUGAAUCAGUUUAUGAAACAAUGGAUGCAUCAACAGAUUCGGAUUUAACAUUUGUCAAGCUUGUGAAUGUUAAUGCUCAGAUUAUAUUAAAUCGAAUUGAGACCUACUUGGAAAGUCGAAUUGUGUACUAUGUCAUGAACUUGCAUAUAAAGCCAAGGAGCAUUUGGUUGUCAAGACAUGGAGAGUCAGAAUUCAACUUGACUGGUCAGAUUGGGGGCGAUGCUGAUUUGUCAGAACGUGGAUGGAGAUAUGCUAAAAAAUUGCCUGAGCUAGUACUCAAGUCGCUAGGCGAGGAACACAAACAUACCAAUUUAACAGUUUGGACUUCAACUUUAAAACGUACCCAAGAGACUGCUUCGUUUUUGCCAUAUAAAAAAUUACAGUGGAAAGCAUUGGAUGAAUUGGAUGCGGGUGAAUGUGAUGGAAUGACAUAUGAGGAGAUUGAAAAAACGUUCCCAGAGGACUUUAAAGCUAGAGAUGACAACAAAUAUGAAUAUAGAUAUCGUGGUGGAGAGUCUUAUCGGGACAUUGUUAUAAGAUUAGAACCUAUAAUCAUGGAGUUGGAGCGUCAAGAGAAUAUUCUUAUAAUUACUCAUCAAGCUGUAUUGCGUUGUCUAUAUGCUUACUUUAUGAAUGUGCCACAGGAGGAAAGUCCAUGGAUGUCUAUUCCCUUGCAUACGUUGAUCAAGUUGGAACCGAGAGCAUAUUCUACAUUGGUUUCUAGACUCAAAGCCGAUAUACCAGCCGUCAGCACAUAUAAAGAAAAGGGAACAUCACAACUAGGAGAAGCAAGGUCGGGAGAGACUAUAUUCAAAAGUAGGGAUUUAUUAAAUAGUGGUGACGUAGUUUAG